CGGAAGUUUCCAAGUAACGCAUGCGCCUUAAUAACUUGGUGGUAGACUUCUUAAUCAUCAUCCCCCUUUUCUUGGUUCGCAUCUGCGCAUUUUCCCAAACCCCGAUGGUGGAUAAUUUCGUUCACACAACUGCCGAUACAAGGCUGUGUUCUACCUGCCUGCGUUUCCCAAGAAUCGUCUGGUGGAAUCAUCCUCAUCGAGGUGUUCCUAUUACCUUUUUCUCUUUGUAAUGAUGUACAAAACCGUGAGAAAAGGCGAUGCCAGUUUACAGUACACGAUAUUACCACAAAGUGAUCAAUUCAAUUCUAAUGGAUUGUCACAAUCAACGUCACAUAACACAGGAAAUGGAAAAUCACGAUCUAGAAUAAUCAAAUAUACGAUAUUUACAUUAUCGUUGAUCGUAUUAUCAUGCGUUGGAAUACCAUUAUUGAUAAAUCAAAACGAUCACAACCUAUUUGCCGGUACUAUACUAGUUAUGGGUAGGGUUGGAUAUGAAACAACUACUACAACGACUAUGACAACAUCAACAACAACAACAACAACAACUUCAACUUCAUCGACAACUGCAUCAUCGACUAGCAGCAGCAGCAGCAGCAGCAGCAGUGGUGGUGGUGGUGGAGGUGGUGGUGGUGGUGGUGGCACUAACAACAAUAACAACACCACCAGCACAUCAAUUACGAUAGAAAAUGCAUUGAAAAGUGAUCAGAUCAGUGAAGAUGAAGAAGAGGACGAGGAAGAAGAAGAUGACGAAGAAGAAGAUAUGAUCAUUGACAAAAGUAAAUAUGAAGUUCCGAUUAGGAAGACAACUAGGCCAAGGACAACUACCGUAAUAAUAACUUCUACUACUGCUUCUUCUUCUUCUUCCUCUAAGAACAAAGAUUUUGACAAUCUAACGAUGCCCAACAAUUCCUUAAGGGACGACGAGCUUGAAUCUUCCGACACCCUAUCUCCAGACGAAGUAAUUGUGGAGGAAGGAAGAAUUCCGACCGAUCCGUCGUUGAAUAUACGACAGACGAGUACUUAUUUGAAUUCUCAGUCGUCCUCAUCCUCUACCCCAUCAUCGGAAUUUUCGAAAUCCUCUUUAAGCAGCAUUGAAUCUUCGGAAAUGACUAAGGUGUCGUCUGGUACAGGUAGAAAGGUAAAAAUGCCACGGGUUACCUUGAAAUUACGAGAAAACGAGACGAUACCACAAAUGUAUAUGAAAGCUGGUAUAGCAUCUUAUAAAAAGGGUAACAUUACUACGAGCGUUUUGGCACACGGACUUAGCUUAGAAGGUUUGAUUUUUAAAACACCUGAAGGAACCAUCAAACCGUGGGAACAAAAAUGGUUCUUUUCCGAUCCAUCUUCGGAUUUUCAAUGGAAGCAGCAGCAGCAGCAGCAGCAGUAGCAGACAUUUAAACAGUCACGUUCGGUGUACGAUCGAUAAACACGACAGGUGAAUCUAAAAACGAACGAGGAAAUAGCAUCCAUUUCUUAUUUUCUUUUAGUAUGUGUCCUCUCUAUUGGGAAUUACGUUAUUUUCCUUUCCUAUUAAAGAUUGAAACGCGUAAUAAUAAUCUGUCGAACGAAAAAAAAAAAAUCAUGUAAUAUUAUCAUGCAUAUAAAUAACGGAUAUAUAGAUAAUAAUUAUUAUUAUUAGUUUAAAUAACGAAUAAAUCCUUAUUGGUUA